AUGCCGCUCUUCCUGGAGGAUGAGGGCGGCCAGCUGGUCAGCGCGCUGCAGGGGUGGCUUGACACUCUGGACCGGCAGAUGGGCGCCACUGGCGACUCGCUCCUGCCACCGCUCCUCAUCAGCGGGCUCACCAAGCCACAGCGUCCGUCUAGCAGCACUAGCGGCCCAAGCGCGCCCACCAUCCCCAGCAGCAGCAGCGCCACCAGCGCCCCCGGCGGGAGCAGUAGUGGCAUCUCUCCUGGGCUGUCUGCAAAACCCAGCCGCGUUGUGUCCAGCAGCUCAAAAAGCAGUAGCAGCACCGCUUGCAUGUACAACACCACGUUUGGUGGCGGCAUUAUUAGCAACCGGCGCACCUGUGGGCGGGACAGGCUGUCAUGGCCGCUGUACCUGCAGCAGCGUACCAUGUUGACAAAGCAGCCAAUGAGGCAGGCCCUCUGGGGAUCCUGGAAGUGA